GACUUUAUUAAACUGUACUAUAAUGUCAAUUCCAAUGUGUAAACCUCAGACCCUGUUUCCGUGCAAUAGCGACCUCUAACGAUAAUUUACAGACCUGCAGCACGCUGCGCCGUGGGGUCACCCAUCCGGGACUUCCCUGACCUGCCACGUCAGGUUGUUACACCUUUCAUGUGGCCAACAUCUCCUCUCGCUCUUUGGUUCCCUACAAUAUUUCCUUCUUUCCCCGCGGUUUGCUUGUAGCGGGAGCGCUAGAGUUUCCGAUGGAGGGUCCGUGGACUGCGGGGCUGGUGGUUCUGACCUGCUACGUCGCUGUGAGUUUAGCCGGGGAACUGACUUUCGAGUUAGCCGACAACGACCGACAGUGCUUCUACGAAGAUGUCGAUGCCGGCGUUAAAUGUACACUGGAAUAUCAGGUCUUAGCGGGAGGUAACUACGACGUAGAUGUUGUCGUGUUUGAGGAGGCUAAGCCGAUUCUCAAACGCGUGCGCUCUACGUCAGGCGAGCACAAGUGGACAUCAGAGUCUGGGACUGAUGUAGUCAUUUGUUUCCUGAACAAGUUUUCCAUUGUGACCAGCAAAAAGAUCUGGCUGCGUUUUGAAAUGGAGGACCCCCGCGUGUCACCACCACCACCAGGGCCACCUGUCCCCUGGCUGCACGAGGCAGCAACGUUUAUGGAAACAUCGUGCGUAACAGCCCACGAAAACCUGAAGCUCGUCAUCGACUACCAGACACACUUCAGGCUACGAGAGGCGCAGGGGCGUGCUUUUGCAGAAAGCCUCAACGAGCGUGUCAACUACUGGUCGAUAGCCCAAACAGUUAUCCUCAUUCUUGUAGGCAUUGGCCAGGUGGUUGUAUUACGUAGCUUUUUCACGGAGAAUAAAAAACAUCAAGGGAUUUGAGGACAUACAUUGUAGUUUGGUUUGGAGGUAGGUGGGGGGUUGCAUAGUCGGGUUAUGCACAAGGCCAUGCCAGUUUAAAGACUGCAUUGCUGGUUUAAAUUGCAACAAAUUUGGUUAUUUUUUUGAGAGAUGAGUUCAUAGGAAAGUAGUUCACCCUUGUUUAUCUUCAAGAGAUUUGUUGUUGUAGUAUUGUGAAUUGUUUCACAAGUUGUGAGAAGGAAAAAGUUACAUGCAAGAAUUUUCAGUGGAAGUGGCUAGGAUUGAAACUAGAAUAUAUUAUAGCAUAUUUUGCUAUUAUCGCAUACAAACUUGAUUUUGUUGCCUGCAUUCUCCAGUACCAAUGGAUUUGGUGUUUUCUAAAGAUAGAUCUGGUUUUGCAACAGGAAUUUCUUAACGCUCCUUUCUAUUUUCACAUUAUUGUGUAUUGCAAGUAUUGUCAUGUAUUGCAUAUUCUUAAACUAGCGGGAGGGUUUCCUUUAUAUUAUAUAUCAGGAGAAAACAAGUUUAUAUCAGUGUGAACAGGGAUGUUAGUCAUGAAAUCAAGUUUGUGUUGAAAGAAGAGAUUGGGAAAGUUUGGCAAUGAAGUACAAUGUCAUGUAUGCAAACCAGGUUAUUGAACUGGUGAGGUCAGCAUUAUUAAGAUGAACAUAUUUUAUCUUUUGUACAUAAUGAUGGUUCUGUUGUUAAUGUCAGAGAAUCUUGCUGUAAGGGUAGACCGUGGUUCAUUCAGAAAUAAUAUAAGGGGUGCUGUCAUUAGUCAUAUCACAUCAGACAUUUUCUUGCCUAGAAGUAACCUUUCUCAUGCCACAGCCUUUCACAAGCGCUGGCAGCUGUUGGGUCAAUAUAUGGGCCAGGUUUUUAUAUGAUUAUGCAGCGAAGGGCAUGUCUGUGCCCGCAAGAAGGCCUGUGAUCUUAUGGCAUCCUCAAAGCCCUAUUAAAACACUUUCACCAUUCACAUAUGCAGAAAUGACCUUUGCUGUAUAAGAACAGCCAGUGCUUGUGGAAGGCCACGAAGGAGGGUAGCCUAGAAGUAUGUAUUACAACUAGUUCCGUACAAAGUUGUCAACAGUUAAUGCUUCAAGUACCAGACUGUACAAAUAAUAUUAAUAUGAAUUAUGCUUCAAAUUAUUAUCUUUGUUCUGAGUUGCAUCUCUGUGAAAACUGUAGUGUUGUUAGAAAAUUGAGGUAUGUGUGAUAGUUGAGCAGUUUCAGCGUAAUAUGACGUUUCUAAGUAAACUGACUUGUCUGUAUAAUUAUGUUGAAUUUAAUUAACUAAAAGGCAGUUUUUAUCCAAACAGUAUCAAAGUUAGGUGUAGCCAGGGUUUUGCCCAGCUUCUGUCAUCUGACAGAAUCUGUUUUGCAAAUGAAUAAUGGUCAUCCCCUUCCUUUGGUAGACAAAAUUCAUCAUAUGAUAGAUAAUAAAUCAAAUCACACCUUUUUCCAAGAUGUCAGAAAGAAGUCCAGGGCUUGGCAAAACCUUGUUUCUAUCCUUACUACUACACCUGUUCUCCUGAAGCAGGUCAUCUAUUGUUGGAGCAAAUGUCAUUGAUACAUGUAAUUUACGUCAUGUUCACGAUUUGCAGGUGCUUCAUUUUGUUCCCAAUUCAAUAGAUGUAAGAGAAUUUGAUUUGGACUGUUAACGUUACACCAUUAGUUGUCGUAAGAUUUGUGCAAAAGCCUUACAAAGUGAUUUCAUCAUUGCAACAUUCCUGGAAAAUAUAUCACGUGAAGCAAA